AUGCGGCGCUGGGCGCUGGUGGCCGCGCUGGUGGCCGCGCUGUGCGGGCCCGCGGCGGGCGGCGGGCGGCGGCGGGCGGCCAGCCUGGGCGAGAUGCUGCGGGAGGUGGAGGCGCUGAUGGAGGACACGCAGCACAAGCUGCGCAACGCCGUGCAGGAGAUGGAAGCUGAAGAGGAAGGGGCAAGAAAGCUGUCAGAAGUCAGCUUUGAGGACUUGCCUCCCAACUACCAUAACGAGUCCAACACGGAAACCAGAGUGGGCAACAGAACUGUUCAGACCCAUCAAGAAAUUGAUAAGGUUACAGAUAACAAAACUGGAUCAACAGUUUUUUCUGAGACAGUUAUUACAUCUAUAAGAGAUGGAGAAAACAAAAGGAAUCAUGAGUGUAUCAUUGAUGAAGACUGUGAACCAGGGAAGUAUUGCCAGUUCUCCACCUUGGAAUACAAAUGUCAGCUCUGCAAGCCCCAGCACACACCCUGCUCACGGGAUGUGGAGUGCUGUGGGGAGCAGCUCUGCGUGUGGGGCCAGUGCAGGAGAUCCUCUUCCAGAGGGGAGAACGGCACCAUCUGUGAGACCCAGCACGACUGCAACCCUGGCACGUGCUGUGCUUUUCACAAAGAGCUUCUGUUUCCUGUGUGCACACCCUUACCUGAGGAAGGUGAGCCCUGCCAUGAUCCUUCAAACAGACUUCUCAACCUCAUCACCUGGGACCUGGAGCCCGAUGGAGUGCUGGAGCAGUGCCCCUGUGCCAGUGGCUUGAGCUGCCAGCCUCAGAGCCACAGCACUACAUCUGUGUGUCAGCUGUCUGCCAAUGAAACGCAGCGCACUGAAAAAGAAGAUCCCUUAGUCAUGGAUGAGAUGCCCUUUCUCAGCCUGAUCCCUCAAGAUCUCCUCUCUGAUUAUGAGGAGAGCAGUGUCAUCCAGGAAGUGCGCAGAGAAUUAGAAAGCCUGGAGGACCAAGCAGGUUUGAAACUUGAGCCUGAGUCAGCUCAAGAGCUGGUUUUGGGAGAUGAAAUCUAAAACCCAAAGCACCCGGUUUAGUUAGUUAUUUCUAGAUUUUUUUUUUGUUUAGUAUAUUGCUUGUAUGAAUCCUGAACACACACUACUGGAUAGAAGUGCAAUAAAGAAGGUCUUCAAGGAGCAUUCUUCUCUGUGCACCAAACCUGCAUGUCCCUGUGGAAUUCAUGCUACUGUGGAAUUCAUUCAGUCCCUGCCUUCAAACCUUCUGCCAAAUGGGAACCAUAGGAGUGCUCCUCUGGAUUUGUACUUUCCUCUUGUAUGUCAGAAAUAAACUUCUUCGUACUUGUACUCAUUAAAAAA